UGCAACGCUGUUCGAGCGCAAAUUUUUCGUUUCAUUUAAUUGAUGUUACUUGCUAACUGAUUAUUAUUUUUGAUUUAUUAUUAAGUAUGAAGUUUGAACUCAAUCUUACGAUUGUUUUUUAAAUUAAGAUCGCCAAACAUUGUGAACGACUGAAGUGGAGAAUUACAUGUAAUCAAGUAGAAAAGUUCGUUGAGAAAAACAGUUGUAUCUUCAAUCUUCUUGAAAGGGUCACAUAAUAAUCUGAUAAAGAUGUGGAAUGACAUGUCUGGAAGAAAGGGAAAGAAUUCUUCAAUUUAUAAAAAAGCUUAUCAGAAUAAAACAAGAGUUGACUGGAAGUUGUUGAAUAAAGAAACUUUUUUGGCGCAUUUGCAAAAUAGAGAAAAAAAUACGCCUCUUCACCUUGCAGUUCAUCGUGGAAAUAAACCCAUGAUCCGGGAAUUAUUACAACAUCCGAAUAUUAUCGAAGUUGAAAAUAAAUAUGGAAACAGAGCCCUGCACAUAGCUGCCAUGUGUGGAAAGCUAAGCGUCUUACAGAUGAUCUUAGCCAAGAAUGCAAAUCUUUAUGCGAAGAACAAGUUGGGGUGUUCUGCUCUUUACAUUGCUGCAGAUCAUCAGCGCUAUGAAAAUUUAGAGCUUCUCCUUGAGUAUGGUGCAAAUGUAAAUGAUAAAGCUAAGAAGUGUUUUAAUGAUACAGCAUUACAUAAGGCAGUACGUGGUGAAAAUAAAGAAAUAGUGCUGGCGUUGUUGAUGUAUGGUGCAGAUCCUGAAAUGGAAAAUGAUUAUGGAAAUUCGCCCAUUUUUCUUGCAUUUUCUUACCCACACAUUUCUUUACAUGAAAUGUUACCUAGUGACCAGAAUAUUUUAAAAGUGCUUAUAGCUUUCUGUAUGCUUUGGGAUAUUCAGGAGUGGAAAGCUUCAUGUUUUACUGACAGUUUUGCUAGCAGCUUCAAGCCCUUCACCAUUCAAUGUGAAGAAGAAAUUAAAAGAGCAAAACUGUUAAUCUUAGGAAACUCAGGGCUCUCCUACUAUGAUGUUUUGAAAUGUAAUAUAAAAGAAAUUGCUUUUUUAUUAAGAAAACAAUGGAUGAAGGUUAUCUUAAGGUCUAAGCUAAACUUAGAAAUUUUCCCAAUAUAUUCGGAAAUGUAUGAUUUCAAAAUAAAUGCGGGCAUAAAGUGUGAGUACUUGGUUAAGGAAAGUAGCGAAUGCUUACAAACUCUUUUGAAAGAUUACCUUUUGUUACCAGAUCUUAUAGCUAAAAAUAUAGUAUCCUAUCUAGAUAUUGGAGAUCUUAGAAAUCUUACAUGUCUUUGAAUUAAUUGGUUGACUUUGAAUUUUGAUUUAUUCAAAUAAGCUUGUUAAAAUAUCAUAAACAUGUUAGUGUUAUUUUUUCAUUUUUUAAUGAUGUAUUUUAUGUAAUGUUAUACAUAAUUUUUCUACAACCUAUAACUAUUAAAACAUUUUCUU